AUGUCUCCAGCAAAGUGGGAACAGUACAGUUCUGACGACAUGUCACCUUUGUUACAUGCAUUUGCCGAUCGUCAUGGCUCACCCACGAAUGGAGAAAAGCCAGAUGUGUCAUUCGACGAUAUUAUAGAGGAGAUGCUUCCAGAGCUCCUGGCGGUAGGAGGUAGAAUACAGAGCAAUCUAGCUGAGCAGGACAAUAUAAUGGUAAUAUUUGCCACAGGGACAAUUGGUGCAGUCUCUCACCCGUACGGAGGCGUGCGCUCUGACGGAAGAAAUACUGGGGCGGUCCAGCCAAUCACCAUCAUCGCCUCUACUUUCACUUCUGGCACGCAAAAUGAAGCUGCAACCGUUACGCCGCUGGCAACACCACGGGCGACAUCCACGGUCAAUCCGCAAGUGCUCGAUGCGCUGUAUGCCAUCAAGACAACGCCAUACGAGCAUUCGUUCCUUUCGCGCAUGGGAGGAUUCCAGCCUCCUCGUGCACCCGACCCCAUCGCCGUAGACUGGGAGACACGCAGCCCCUGGAUGGAUCUGAUGGCGGACGUCCGCGAACACUACUCACUUAUGCAUCCUGGCCGUGAACAGCCGGAAGAGACCAUAGCUCCGAUCACGUACGUGUCGUUACAGCCUUGCCACCUCGACCAGAUACACGACCUCCUCGCUCGCACCUUUUGGGAAGGCAUAAACGUGAGCGAUUCGCUGCAGUACUCUCCUGAAAAGUGUACGGUAGUAGCGACCUACAAGCAGCUCGUUGUCGGGGCCGCACUCCUCAGCUCACCACAAGAGACGUACAUUACCUAUCUCGCUGUCCGCGCUGGAUGGGAGAAUGCGCAUAUAGCAACGUACGCCCCUGCACCGACUCCUCGAGGCUGA